UCGUAACAAUACGAGGCCCCUGAACUCCUCCUCUAUUGGUUCACUGUGUUUGUUCAGGGGAGUUGGGCUUCUCCUGGACAAGGUUUUAAAAACCUCUGAGUAAACAGACGCCACUUGUUUUUCUUCUAAACACAGAGCUAGUGAGAUAACCGAGGGAAGAAGUCAAGGGAUUUAAGCUCACAUCCUUCCAUAAGGAAGGGACAGAGACGUGAGCCAUGCAAGCGGUGUUGGCUCUGUGCUUGGCCUCACUCCCAGGCCUGCUCUGGGCUUCAACGCUAUUCGUGGAGAGAGACAGCAGCAAGUCGACCAUCUGUAAACUCGCACCGCACUGGGAGAUCGAUGGCCGCUCUCCCAUGAGUGAGCUGUUGGGAAACGUGGUGGUGGUAGCACUGUUGAAAGCCACCUGACAUUUCUGCCUCACGCAGGCUGCUAAGAUGGGAGACCUGCGUGAUAAGCUGGUACGGGGAAACCUGACCAGCGUUGCAUUUCUGAUCGUGAAUGAACAGGACGCUUUUUCAAGGGCCAUGUAUUGGGAGCUGAAGAAACGAACAGCAGAGGGAAUCCCUGUGUACCAACAGGGCCCACUGCAGGACGACGUCUGGGACACGCUACAGGGAGAUAAAGACGACUUCUUAGUUUACGAUCGAUGCGGCCGUCUGACGUUUCACAUUGUGCUGCCGUACAGCUUCCUGCACUAUCCGUACGUGGAGGCGGCCAUCAGAGCCACGUACUUGCAAAACAUCUGUAACUGCACGCAAUUCAACUCUACUCAAAUAACUAGCAACAACGUGACCACAACAAGGAGUACGGAGCAGAACACAAAUGCAACAGAAUCAUCGAACAAGAAUCACCACCACCACCAUCAUCACCACCACCAUCAUCACCACCACCAUCAUCAUCAUCACCAUCAUCAUCACCAUCGAGAUGACCACAGCCAGGAUAGCUCCUCCCUAAAUCCUGUCAUCACCAAGACCAAUAGCACCAGAACAGUGCAGAAACACACUCACGAGGACCAAGAACACUACCAUUCUGUAAAAUAGAAGCCUGACUCCUUUAGAGAACUAUGGCUUUAAAGAUAUCAUACAGCACCAUUAAACAGCUAAUCCGGUUUCUUUACUAUUCUACUAGAGCUACGAUGCUAAAACAUAUAGCCACCAGCAUCAUACACAUUCGUAGCCAAAUCUUCUUGAAGCCAGAUUUUUUAAAUACGACGUCACUGUGAUAUGAACAAAUAGUGCGAAAUAACAUGCUUCAGUUAUCGCUCUGUAUACGAACCGAUUUAUUUUCGUAAAAUAAUCUGUAGGAUUUUACUGCUUCUAAUCAACGAGUCAAUUCUAAUAUACGGCGUUUAUACGUCAUAUUUAAAUCAGUUAAUUAUUUCAAUUUGACACUCAUUCGUGACCAAAAUAUCCUCAACAUUUUAUUUAGAACAAAAGUAAUGGCACCCUAUACAAGACAGAAGGCUUAGUGUGUGGGUCUGUGGGAGCCGACAGCUGCGAUGGCUGAGCUGCAUUACUACAUUACUGCAUUACUCACUCUGCACCCUUUCAACAAUUAGUCAGUAUUUUGUCUUGGAGUUGUGUGGGUGUGGCUAAAUGUCUAAACGAUUGAUAAAUGUGUCAUAUGGUUUAAACCUGCCAUUUAUACAAUGAAUUGGCAGAUAAGUUUUCUUUCCCUAGCAGCUUGCAAUAUAAAUGAAAACACACAUAAAAUUCUCAGCUGAUUAACUACAUGUGCGUAAGUGAUAUCGGGCUGUUAUUGUAAUUUAUUUUGAUUUUAGAAAGGGUUUGGUCCAGUACAGUUUCACAGGAAGUCUAUAACUAGCUUUCAGGUGUAGAAACAUCUCCGAUGGAUCGUUGUGAAGCGUCGCUCCUCUUGGGCUCCUCGUCAUUGCUCUUAAUGAAGUCUGCACAUCAAACCCACACCGGGGGCGUGCACGCUGAUGCUGAGCUGAGUAGGAAUCAGGUGGAGCACCAACACAAGUUCUGUCCAAGAUGGCUGCCUCUCAGAGCUGAGGUUAU